AUGAACGAGGGAAAUGGGGAGGACAGUGGGCCGGGCAGGCUGAGCCGCAGACUGUCCCGUCUGGGCAGCCGGCAUCAGUCCAGGGAUCCACCGAGACCUGCAGCUCCACCGGAGAGACCUCCUGCUCCACCUGAAAGACCUGCUCACCAAGAUGACAGGCGUCCUCCACCUGUCCCUGAUCCACCUCCACCUCAAUCUCCUGCACCUGCUCCCUCCCUAACGCCACCCAAACGCCCCGACAAAGCCACAAAGCCCAAACUUCCUCCUCGACCGCUUUCCAAGGUGUUUGGCAGCACUGACCAUGGAGCAGCUGUGCUGCAGGGCUGUGAUCAUUUUCGGGCGGAUGAGACUCUCUGCGAUGUCGUCUUGGUUCCAGGUGACGGGAAAGAGAAGUUCCCCGUCCACCGAGUCAUCAUGGCCUCAUCCAGUGACUAUUUCAAAGCAAUGUUCACGGGAGGCAUGAGAGAACAAGAGAUGAGGGAGAUCAAGCUGCACGGGGUCACCAAGUUAGGCUUAAAGAACAUCAUUGACUUCAUUUACACGUCCAAAGUCUACCUUGACAUGGGGAAUCUCCAGGAGACGCUGGAGGCUGCAAACUUCCUGCAGGUCAUGCCCGUGCUGAGCUUCUGUAAUAAGCUUCUGAGCAGCGAGAUCACGAUUGACAACUGCGUGGAAAUCGAACACAUCGCAACCGACCUGCAUCUGGAGGAUGUUCGGGUGAAUAUAGGUGAGUUUUUGAGCCAGAAUCUCUCUGCGAUGGUUCAGAGUGGCCGAUACCUCCAGCUCUCUGAGAUCAGCGUGGCACACGCUCUGGCCAGCAACUCACUGGAAGGUUUCUCUGAGCUGGAACUCUACCACAUCGCCAGGAAUUGGGUGGAUCAUGAACCCACCAAACGCCGCUCGUCUGUCUUCGCCUUAAUGCGCCACAUUCGCUUCCCUCUGAUGAGCCCCGGUGAGCUCAUCCAGAUCUCCCAGGAUGACGAAGAAGGGGACGACUCCUUGAUGCGCUCUGACACGGCCUGCGUGAACCUCCUGCUGGAGGCCAGCAACUACCAGAUGAUGCCGUUCAUGCAGCCGACGCUGCAGACCGAGCGCACACAGAUACGCUCAGACUCCACGCAUAUUCUGGCACUGGGCGGCGUCAUGCGGCAGCAGCUGGUGGUGAGCCGAGAGCUGAGGCUGUACGAUGAGAAGACGGGCCACUGGAAGGCGUUACAGCCCAUGGAGGCGCCACGCUACCAACAUGGCGUAGCUCUUCUAGGCGGCUUCCUCUUCAUUGUUGGAGGUCAAAGCACAUACGACACAAAAGGUAAGACGGCCAUUGACAGCGCCUACCGCUACGACCCGCGCUUCGACAAGUGGCUCCAGAUCGCGUCACUCAAUGAGAAGAGGACCUUCUUCCAUCUCAGCGCUCUGAAGGGGAAACUGUUUGCUGUGGGAGGAAGAAACACCUCAGGAGAGAUCGACACCGUGGAGUGCUACAACCUGAAGAAAAACGAGUGGACAUUUGUGACCAAUAUGAUGGAGCCUCACUAUGGACAUGCUGGAGCAGUCCAUGGAGACCUCAUGUACAUUUCAGGCGGCAUCACCCGUGACACCUUCCAGAAGGAGCUGUGGUGUUAUGACCCUACCGCCGACACGUGGAGCCGCCGCGCCGACAUGAUGGAGCUGCGCGGCCUGCACUGCAUGUGCACCGUCGGGGACAAGCUCUUCGUCAUGGGCGGGAAUCACUUCCGAGGCAGCAGCGACUACGACGACGUCCUGGGCUGCGAAUACUACAGCCCACAGACGGACCAGUGGACCAUGGUGGCGGCCAUGCCUCGAGGCCAGAGCGACGUGGGAGUGACCGUGUUUAACGGGCAAAUCUACGUGGUGGGAGGGUAUUCGUGGAACAGUAGGUGCAUGGUGGACAUUGUGCAGCGGUACGAUCCAGAACACGACGUGUGGGAGCGAGUGUUCAACGUGCUGGAGCCUCUGGGCGGGAUUCGAGCCUGCACCAUGACGGUGCAUCUGCCUGAGGGUUCAGUGGACGAGGCUCAGAUACAGGAGUGUCCACUGCCCACGGCCAAGAGCUAAGACCAGCGCAGAGCAGAGUUUUAUCUGAAGAGCACUUUUCCAACACACAAAUAUUUAAAAACAACACAGAGACGGAAAUUUGGGAAAUCAAUUUUGUUUAAAAUGAAUUAAAAAUGUAAAAAGAAGUAACUGGAGUAAACAAUAAAUAAGUUUAAGUCCUAAAAUAAGGUUAAAGGAAUGGUUUAAUGGAUACAUAACUUAGGUUAUAUUUUUGCACUCAAAAACAGCAAUUAAUAAAUGAAUUAUAUUAAUAAUAUUACUACUUUUUUUUUAAACAAGCUGCAUUGUUUAAUUUCAAGUUAUCAGCUGAUGCUUAUGUUUGUUUCUGUCAUUAGUGUGUGAGUGUGUGCUCUGUAUUUUCUGGUAGAAUAUAUUUUCUCUUGCUGAGAAAAUUAAUUAACAAAAACAAUUAUGAUUGUGAAUUGCUAACAUUAGCAUGAUGCGGCUACUUCUUUUUUAUUCAAACAAGACCUCAUAAACAAACUCAACAAAAUAUCCAUGUUUAAUUGGGUGAAUUGUUUUAAAAGAUUUAUUAAAUUUGUAGAUAUUCUGUAUUUUGUGUUUGUAAUGUAUGAGUCCAUAGCCUUGAAAUAUUAAAUACUUUUUAACUGA